AUGAGCUUUUUAAAUUCAGUCUGACACCACUUUCACCACCUACAGAUGUGUUUAAUAAUUUUACUAUAUUCUAUUUUGGAAAGUAGACAUAUCACACCUAAACACAAAACGUUGUUUGAAAUGCCAAUAUUUAAUAAUAAUAGCAUUAAUACUAAAGGUCAGUAUACUUGCACUGGAUAAGCCCUUAUAUGCAGUGCAUAUGGUGUAGUUACAGAAUCUACCAACAGGGGGUAACAAGGGCCAGCCUGUACAAAAUAUGAAAUUGCAUAUGACCCAACCACAUUUCCCACGUCAUCAUUAUUCACCAGUCCAAAGUAAAGAACAAAUUUACUAAAAGUCUCACUUAAAUUGAUAUACCUCUUGGCUCUACCUUCUGUGUUGAUUUUUGGUUCCUCCUAAGGUUUUAUUCUUAGAUGUAGGAAGGAUUUUGUUCCUGCUAGUGCCACUCUGUAAGGCUCAAAUGGGAUAUUGUAUAUUGUUAAAAAUCCUGUGUAAAUGGUGUAGGCAAAUUAAACUGAAUCAUCUGAAACGCAACUGAAUCAACUCUUAAUUGGGUCCAUUUGAGCCUCAACAAGGUCUCAAGUCGAGGUUGCUCUUUGUGUAUAAAGAGACAACAGCCUCCCCUAGUGACUUGACAACGACAAUGCUGGAAAAAAUCACAUGGUAAGUCACUGGUAUCUUGCAAAUAGUUUAUCUCCAUCUAAACACUUUUCAAAUCAGUUUGGCAAGGAGUUUGUGAUUGGUGGAAAUUAAUUAAUGUUAUGUUCUGUAGAAAAUAUAGAUAUAUAAUAUCAAAAUUACCAAAUGUUUGCCCAAAUUUAUGGAAACUCUUUAUCUUGGUGAGCUGGGUCCUACCACAUUAGUGCGAAAAAUACCCUUAGGUUCAUCUUUCAACACAAUUUUUUCUCAGUAGAUGAGCACAAUGUACAUAAUCGUGUCACCCAAUGACAGUAAGUACUAGUUCCUUAUUUCAUAAUUUCCUUAUUUGAAAGUACAGUGAACAGAUGUGCACAAAAUGCACUCAGCUUUUCCGCUACCAACCUCAGAUGCUAGAUAUGCUGUCGCAAUGUCUCAGACAGCCACAGAGAGAGAGAGUAAGUGAGGGAACUGCAUGUCUGCUAAUGUACUAGAAGAAAACUACAGGAACUGACAGUUGGAGGUGGGUGAACCAUAUUCACGGACGCUCACACUGUCACACGCUAAACUACAAUGCAUCAAGCAACAGACUAUUCUCUCCUGGGAGCAUCAGGAGGGACAUCGCCACCUGCACUGCCCAUCAAACAGCGCAGGUCCUCUUCAAGCUCCAUCCAGGAUCUAGAGCUGAAGUUGGGAGAUCUACACUUGCCUGGACCACAGACUCCUGUGUCUCCAUUUAGUGAAGUGUUCACUCCUACUUACUGUAAUGCAGUCCACUGUCCAAUACAUCAUCGCUACGAAAAUCACCAGGUGAGAUUCUUCUCAGACGAAACUCCUCCGCCAGUGCCUAAAAAGAGUCUGACGAGAACCCGAUCCCUCCCAGAGGAGACCCUGGACCCACCUUACCGCGAUCAUACAAGAACCUGCAACUAUGAAAAUCCCCUAUAUAUGAUAACACCAUUCCACAACGCUCCUGCACUACAAGAGGAAGAGGUACAAGAGGAGAAAUAUCAGGGUCUGUCCUUUGAUACACCAGAUGAGCACCUCCAAAAUGUCUUCAGAAGCUUCCAGAGAUAUGAGGAAGUUUCAAUGGGCAUCCAAGAGUGUUAUCUCCAGUUUCUCAAGAACUUGUUGCAGAACAUUGAAUCGAGCAUUUUCCUUAAUGAACAGGAAAUGGAGAUGGUAAAGACUUCUGAGCCUAAUGACUUUAUUUUGUAUGAGCGGCAGUGGACUGAGAAGGAUGGUUUCUACUUGGUGCAUUGUCUAAAGAUUCCCGGGAGACUGUUUUCAGCAAAGGUUCACAGAGGAGAUCCAGGAUCAGACUGCACCAUGUCCAUGCCACAUCCUAACACUGAGCAAGGGUUGGUCCAUUUUUCACAGUGCACAGCUACGGAUCAAACCUCCACCUCACAGCAUGCUCAGACCACUCCAGAGACUUUACACGGGGACACCGAUAAAGUAUGCCAACAGCGAACAGUUUCUGAUCUUCUGGAGAAAGGUGUUAGUGUGACUGUGCUAAGAGACUUUCCAUUGGGAACUCUGAAGGACUUUGUUGAGGAAGGACACUCUUUGCACUCCACCCUUCCUGAGGUUUAUGAGAGGAGGCUUUGUCUUCUUGCCCUCCAGUUGGUGCUAGGACUACAGCAAAUGGGACGUUUAAAAGUCAUUUACAGGCAAAUGAAUCCACAGAGUGUGACAUUAGCGUGGCCUAGUAUGUGCAAAGAGGCUGACUCUAAUGAUUACCCUAGUGAGAUGAAAAGGGGAAGCAUGAAUAUAGACACUUUUACAGGCAUACCCAUAAUCACAGUGUCCAAAGAGCACACAGACAACGAAAGGACGAAAAGUGAGAUUUGUCAAACCCUAUGGGAGAAGUGGGGCACACCUCGUUUGGUCCUGAAGAGUCAUUUUGAGGAUGAGGAUCUGCAAGAAGCAAAAUCCCAAGAGUUCCAGUUGGGGACUUUGCUGAGGUACUGCCUACAUCUUAGUGACAGUUGCUCAUCUGUGUGGAAGGUGCCUCGAGGCACUCCAUACACUCCAGGCUUGCUGUGGCUGGUCACCCAGCUUACAUCUGAGAAACCUGGGCUACUGAUAGCCGAUGUGACGGGUGUCCUCCAGGCCCUGCUUUGGGGUCCUCGACAGGGUCUCUUUCAGCAGAACCAAAUGGAGAAUUCUGUGUUUUCUAAUUGGCUACUACUUAAGCGUUCUCUUUUGGUUCUCAAGCUUGCCGAAAAAGGACUCUUUCAGGAUCAGUCUAGCUUGGACUGGGAAGACUAUCUCUGUCUCCAAUAUCUAUCCCUUACUGACCCAGAGACUAUGCGUACCAUAACUGAACGAAUGGGCCUUCAUGAUUUUGUUACAACUGCUUAACAGAUAAAAAUGUAAAUAGUAAGGACAGCAAUUGUGAGUUGGUGAGCCUCAGAUGUAACUAAUCUAUACUUUGUAAUAUCACUGAUAUGAUGUAAAAGAACAGUUUUACAAUCUGAAGAACAGAUCACCUUUUCCCAUAUUUGUAAAGUCAUAUUCAUGAGAUCCUGUAUACUUCAGAAGCCCUGCAAAACACACAGAAAAAUCUAGAUAUUGUGGCCAAAAAUUAAGAAUUGGUGCCAUAUUUUAUUAAAUUGGGGCCAAAUUUGA